CCACUGGCCAGCUCUCCCUGACAGUUGUUGGCAGAGCUUGGCCCAGGCUGCCCAAAGGAUGGGGCACAUGCAGGUUCUGGCUAAGGUCAAAUUGGGAGGUUCAUGUCCUAGGAUGGGAGAGAGUUGGGGGAGGGGAUGUUCCUAGCUGGGAGAACUGUGUUCCUCUAGAAGGCUGUGUGGUCCCAGGGAAGUGGCUUGACCUUUCUGAGCCUCAAGUUGGCUCCUCUUAUGCAACGUGAGGGCAAGAUUUCUGAACACCAGAGUGUGACGCCUGAAGGACGUCCCAGGGCUUGAAAGCCAUUGCAAAACCUGGCACAUAGUAGGUGCUCAGGAAAUGAGUUCUGCAUCUUUCCUGAGCCUCUCCUCCCUCCCAUGGCUCUGGCUCUGAGUAACGACCAGGUCAGCAUGGGCCUCAGGGACACCUGGGGUGCUUGGGACCCUGACGCCCUCCCCAGGGUGCCUGGAACCCAAGGAGGCGGCCCCACCUCUCACUUCCUGUGGCACCAGCCACACCCUGCCCUAGGAUGCCCUGGGCAGGCCACUUCCUCCUCUAGCCAGAGCUGCAACCUCAGAACCUUCUGGACAGGGGCGAGGACAGACGGAGCAGGAUGGAUAGGCUCUGGACUAAUCCCAGCCCACUCCCCCUUCUCGCGGCUCUGGUCCCCUCGCUGGUUCAGGCCCAGCCCUUGGCCCAGCGGAAGCCGUGGCUGGUGGGGCUGGGGGCUACGCUGGCCUUCCUCUUCCUCAUCUUUGUCCUCACCUUGGUCUAUGCCAUCUGCUGCAGCGAGUCCCGGGAAAGCAAUAAAGAUAAGGAAGAGGAGACUGUGAGAAAGGAGGAGGGAGAGGGUGACUGGGGGCUGGAACUAGAGGAGAAAGAGGAGCCUCCGAACCAUGAAACAGUGGCGAGCUCUUCCACAUGAAACCUUUGCACCUGCCUCCACCAGGCAGCCCCCAAGGGAUGCCCCAAUGCCUUCUCCGUACCGUACUGGCAAAGACCUGGUCCUGGGGCAGGUGAGAUGACUCUGUCUGGGAUUCAGGGUAGAGCGCCCCUGAGUGCAGAGGACUCGGGACCAGCACAAGCCCCUCUUGAAGGGCUCUCUGCGUGCUACUUGGCCAUGACACGCUCCUUCCCAAGCUGGGUCUUCACCUGGUGAUUCUUCCUGAGCAUGGAGGGCACCCCUGGACAAGGAGCUGCCUGCAUGUGAGACCCCCGCUAUCUCAUAUCUCUGCCCAGUCUGCACCGCAGCCAUCUCUCCUUGCCCACCGCCUGAGUUCUUCUCCCACUUCUGGUUUCUGUUGCCCUUUGGAUUUCAUCAGAGAAGCCAGCUUCUCCCGUUGCUCAGGUGCAAGCGCUUCCAAGAGCUUUUGAGGCCUCGCUUCGAUGAGCCCACAGGAGUCACCUGGCUCCCAACCCCUCUGCAGGUCUUGGUUUGCCAGGUGCCAGGUGGAAGCCAGGAGAGUCCCUGGCUCCUGCUACCCAAGCCUCCUUUUCACUGGGAAGAGGGAUAGUGGGGAGAAACCGUGCAAAUGGUUCUGCAAGUCUUUGCAGGAGCCAGGGCAGAUCCAGCCCUCCUCCUGAAGACUUGCUCUUGGUGCUCCUGAACCUGAACUUUGAGCUAGCUCAGAGCAGGGCCGUUUCCUGGGAGUCGAGGGCCCCUCCUACCACGUGCUGAGUUUCAGGGCGCUGUCCUGGAAGCUGGGACUGCGGGGGGCUGGGGCGAGGGUGCGGGGGUGGAGGUGGGGGGACGCAGCGUCAUCACCCCUUCUUCCUGCCCUGCACUCCUGGUGGGGGCUCCACGGAGAAGGAGAAGGAGCUGGAGUCCCAACUUCCUUGCUGUGUAGCCCUGGGACAAGUAACCGAACCUCUCUGUGCCUGUGUCCUGUUCCGUAAAAGGCAAGGAUAAUAGUUAAAUCCUUCAGAAGCUGUCAUGAGGACUGAAUGAGAAAUACUGUCUACAAAACUCCUAAGCGCAGACCCCAGCACCCCAAGGGCGGCUAAUAAAUGCCAACUUCUUGUUA